UCUUCAGUCUUUGGAGGCGGUAACAACGCAUGGCUGCAGUGAACAUCUGGAAGAGGUUACUCGCAUUGUUGCUUACUCUGAAAAGUAUUCCGGAGUACAACUGCAACUUGAAAAUGUCUUUCAUAAAAGUAGACGAAGAAUCCGAUUUCUCCUUUCAUAACCUACCUUAUGGCGUGUUCUCCACAGUGGACAAUCCUAGGCACAGGAUCGGUGUAGCUAUUGGAGAUCAGAUAUUGGACCUCAGUGCAAUAAAGCACCUUCUCGAUGGACCUGCCUUGUCAAAACAUCAGAAUGUCUUCGAUCAGCCCACGUUGAAUGCGUUCAUGAACUUGGGCUAUGAUGCUUGGAGAGAAGCCAGAAGAUAUGUGCAGAAGCUCUUAUCUGCAAAUGAGAGUACGCUGCGUGAUGACGUGAGCCUUAGAAGCAGAGCAUUUGUGCAUCUGACUUCUGCUGUGAUGCAUCUUCCUGCAGAGAUUGGGGACUACACCGACUUCUACUCCUCCAGAGACCAUGCCACCAAUGUUGGGAUCAUGUUCCGUGGGAAGGAGAAUGCCCUCAUGCCCAACUGGCUGCGGCUGCCAGUGGGGUACCACGGCCGGGCCUCCUCCGUGGUGGUCUCUGGAACGCCAAUCCGAAGACCCUCGGGUCAGAUGAGGCCUGAUCCAACUAAGCCCCCGGUCUUUGGCCCCAGCAAGCAGCUUGACAUUGAAUUGGAGAUGGCGUUCUUUGUGGGAGCGGGAAACACCCUGGGAGAGCCCAUCCCCAUAGAGAAAGCCCACGAGCACAUCUUUGGCAUGGUGCUGAUGAACGACUGGAGCGCUCGGGACAUUCAGGCGUGGGAGUACGUGCCGCUGGGGCCUUUCCUGGGGAAGAAUUUCGGGACGACCAUCUCCCCCUGGGUGGUGCCCAUGGAUGCCCUCCUGCCCUUUGUGGAGCCCAAUGCAGUCCAGGAUCCGGAGCCGCUGCCUUAUCUCCGCCAUGGCGACGCCUACACCUUCAACAUCAACCUCUUUGUGUCCGUGAAAGGCGAAGCAAUGAGGGAACCUGCCACCAUCUGCAAGUCCAACUUCAAGUACAUGUACUGGACGAUGAAGCAGCAGCUGGCCCAUCACACGGUCAAUGGCUGCAACAUGCGGCCAGGAGACCUGCUGGCCUCAGGGACCAUCAGUGGACCGGAGCCCGAGAGCUUCGGCUCGAUGCUCGAGCUGUCGUGGCGAGGAUCAAAAAGCGUGGAUCUGGGCGGCGGCGAGAGCCGGACAUUCCUGAAGGACGGCGACGAGGUCACCAUCACAGGUUACUGCCAGGGCCGCGGCUACCGCGUCGGUUUCGGUCCGUGUCGGGGAGCGGUCGUUCCAGCACUGCAGCAGUGAAGCCCGCGCUGCUCCAACACCGGCCAUCUGUCCUCCCCCCAGAGAGCGCCGCACACACACACACACACACGCAGACACCCACCGACACCCACGGACCAACGGAGAGCAGUGCAGACGACCACUGCAGAGCCAGGCUGACCAGCACCUCGCUCAGAAGUAGCCCUGCCAGUGGACCGGGGCUCAGACAUGAAUGGCCAUUUUCAAUGUCUGUUGAUGGGAGUGUCACCACACAGGGAGAUGCAGUUACGUUUUUUUUUUCAGUUCUAGCAGUAUGAUAUUUGGUAUGAAAUAGGAGCAAUUGUGUAUUGUUUUCUGUUGUGUUACCAUAGGCAGUAUUAUGUUCCACUGUGUGCAUGGGUUCAGGACCCGUAUUAUAAUAAACGCUCUGAUUUUCACACGAACAA